UUCUUAUUCAGACGGCUGGAAAUAAUAACGUUAUUUACUGAUAGAAACGUUAUUCGUAAGGAAUAAUGAUUUUAAAAAAUAUAAUAUCAUGAUUGCAGUUUCAGUUAGGACUAAUAUUAAUAACGUAUAUUAGCAACGAUAAGUGAGAUUUAUCAAUGUUAGUGAAGAUGGUCCAAGAGAGUUGGAGUGAUAUUCUUGAUAAGAAUCUUUAUCAAGACUUAUUUGGUGGAAAGUAUGCCUUUCCCAUUGCAAAUGAAGAAAACAGAGCCUUGGAGAAACAGUUGAAAGAAAAGCAGAAAGAAGUUGCUGUUUACAAUUUUAAAUUACAAGAAUCUAACUUACGGAUUAAAACCAUAAAUGAUCAUUUUCGGGAUGUGCAACAACAACUUCAGUACACACAGCAAAUCUAUAAAGCACGCCAGAGAGAACUUGACGCAGAAGUUAAUUUGCAGAAACUGUUGUAUAAUGAAGAACAGUGGCUUCUACAACAGAUUCAACAAUACAAGAAGGAAAUUAAAGACCUUCAUGAAAAACAAGCAGCACGAGAGAAUUCCAUUACUCAGAAUCAACAUAUAAUAGAAGAAAUCAAAACAGCCAUGCAAUGGGAUAACAGUGCUCUAGGAGCUUGGCUGGAAGAACAAGUUCGUCAGGAAGAGGACAUUUUAGCUCUCCUAAAGUACACAGAGCAUGAUGAGAGUAAAAUUAAAGCUAUUAAUUUACAACUUCAACGUUUAAAUGAAGAAGAGAAAAAGAAAAAACAAGAACUCUAUGAAGCUAAUACAGAUGUAACUGUUGUUGAGAUACAGUUAGAUCAUAUGGCUGAAGAAUUUAGAAGAGCCCAUCAAGAACGACAAGGUAUCAUUGAACAAUGGGAGCAAACAGUCAUUCAAAUGCAGCACCGUAAUGUGAACAUCCGAAAUAUUUCUAAGCAAAUAGAGACCAUUCAAGAAGAAGAAGCUAAACUCCAAGAAGCAUUAAGUGAAAAACAGGAGAUGUUGUCAGAAGAAAAUACUACCAAUAGGGAAUUAGAAAGAAGAAUAACACUGGGUGAAUCUGAGCUGCAAAAGUUGCGAGGAGAAUCAGCUGUUAUAGAGAAAGAAAAGGCUCUUGCAGUAGAGAUUGAUGCCCUAAAAAAUGUGGCUUCUCAUACAGCUCGCAAGGUUCACAGUUUUCGAAAUGAUACUGUUGUCCUACAGCAGGAAAUAGAAGAUAAGAGAAAAAAGCUUCAGAUUUUGGAACAAGAGAAGAAAACACUUGAUGAAGAAUUACACAGUAAGAAGGAACAAACAAUGACAACAGCAGAGAGAAUGAUUCAGAUGGAAAUGUUGUUGCAGAAAGAGGAAGCUUAUCAACUCCAGAUGGAAGCAGAACUAGCUAAGCUACAAGAUUUUCACUUCCAGAGGUCUCAAGAGCUUCAGACAGUAUUGGACUUUGAGAGAAAUCUGAAAGCAGAAAUCAAGGGUGUCCAAGCAUCCAAUCGAAAUUUAGAUUCUCGUCUUCGUCAGUUGGAUCAGAAUGGAGUAAGCCAGGAGGAAUUAGUCUAUCACUUGGAUUAUGAGAUCCAGCAGCUGCAUCAACGGAUUGCCCAUAUGGCUGGGGAAAAGAGAGAGGAAGAACAGGUUCAGUUAGAGUUGGAAGUUCAAGAACUAAAGGAAUCAUUAGACAGUCAGACCUCUACUUACUGUAUGCUUUCUCAAGAAGUAAAAAAAACUGAGGAAGGUAUACGUUACUGGAAGAGAAAAAUGGAGAAAAUCUGCAAAGAAAGAGAAGAUUUAGACUCAAAACUACACGAACUUUAUUUACAUAAUGAAACUGCUGAACGUGAAUCGAGAAAUAUGACUUCUCAGAAAGAGGAUAUACUUGUGGAAGAAAGCCUGCUGAAGGUCAAACUGAAAGGCUUACACCAAGUUUUAAAUGACUGUGUGAACACAAAAUUUGCAGCCCAGAAGCAUCAACUUGACAUAGAAACAGCAGUAAAAGAGAGAAAGGAAGAAAUAAAAUGUUGUAAAGAAAUGUUGCAAACAGAAAUAAACCUUGCCCAACAGAAAAAACAUAAACUUAGCCAACAACUUCAGGAAUGCAAUAAUAAGAUCAACAAAUUGCAGAUGAGGUACCAAGUAUUAUUAGGAACAUUGGGAGUAAAUGAAGAAGAUGAAAAAAGUCCGGCAUAUUUGCUUAUCAAGGCAGCACAAGAGAAAGAGGAACUUAGACUUCGUGGGAAGGAGUUAAGUGCUGUUGUAUCUCAAGCAGAAGAAGAAAUGGUGGCUUUGAAGAAUAGUGUGGAGUUGGUUCUAGCUGAGAACACUCAGUUAAGGCAGACAUUAAAACCACUUGGUGAAGAAGGUGAAGAACAGAAGCAGCUUCUUUCAUUUCAAAGUCAGUUAUCAAACUGCUUGGAAAAACUCCAUGAGAAAGAAAAACAGUGUUCAGAAUUGCAGAAUGAUUGUUGUUUCUUAGAGCAAGCAUUGGAAGAUGUGUCAAAUCAAAAAACCCAUGUACAGAGCUUAUUGCAGGAAAAGGAUUCUACAUCAACAGUGUUUCAAAAGGAGCUUGAAGAACAGAAAAAGAAAAUAACUCGUGCAGAAAAACAGACUGGACGGAUAAAUGCAGAACUUCAAGAAUUAUUGUCUCAAGAAUGCCUUACAAAUUAUAAGAAGGAUAUCAGACUACGUCUCCUUCAAGAAGUAGCAAAAAGGUGUAGGGAUGUUUUGGUUGACUUGUCAGAUUUCGACUUAAACAUAAAUGAAGAACUGAAAAAACAGUUUGUAAAAGCCAACAUUCCAUUUCCAACUAAACGAAAUUCUCCUCACCCUUCACGUGCAUGUUCACAUACUUCUUUGCAUAGUUUAAGUUCUGCUUCAUCUUUGAAAUCCAACAGAAGUGAUAAUCAGAUCCCAACAAGUAAAUCAUCAAGGCUUAGCUUGUCUAAUCGUGCUUCAGGCUCAUAUGUCAGCAUUAGCCCGGCAAAGAUACAGAUUGGAACUGAUUUUCCAGUUUCUGGUAUGAAGAGCCCAAGUUCCAGAGAACAGUAAAAGUCAUAUACUGAAGUUAAUCAAAUCGCUAGUCAUACUGUUUAUCUAUAUAUGUAUAUCGAGAUAUGUGUCCAAUUUUGUUUAAACAUAACUAAAAUUAGUUCAACAUUUGUCAUUGUUGCUACAUUGCUUAGUAAUAGUAUUACGUCUGAUUUUUUUCAGAGUUCUCAAUAAAAUGUACAACUAUCUUGUGAUUGUUACAUAUACAAACUUUAAAGUACUGUGAUCAAUCAUUCUUCUCAAACACAUACACAGCACAUAUUUAACAUAAUUUAUUUACAUAUUUUUCUAAUGUAUUGUGUGGUAACUAAGUUUUUUAUUGGCUGUAUCAUUUAAUAAAUGGUGUUAUUUUAUUCAGUAUUAUCCAUUGUGAGAGGUAGUGGGUUCAAAUUUAUCAACCACUUUCAUUAAUUAGUUCUGUACUUUUAAAUAUAUAUAUUCAUAGAUGAUACAUAACAUGUAUAAUGUCAGCCAUCAACACAACAACAUUGAUGCAUUCAGUUUGUACACUUACAUAUUUAUUUCGCAGUUGCAGUUUUUAGAAUACUUGUG